GCGAAACCUACCAGAGAACUCUUAAGUGAGACAUUGCUCAAUUUGCCAUGGUGUCCAAAACGAUGUUGAUUGUACUGCUUGGACUUGCCACACAAGUCGCGGCGUACUCCAAGUAUUUGCUGCAGGUGCCCAACAGUGGCAAGAUCCCUGGUGUCAAGGCCGCCGGACACAUCAACUACACCAACGGUGGCGGCCCACGUGGCCCGUUCGGUCUGGCGUUCUCUGCAGCUGGACACUUGUGGACCGUGGACUUGUGCCGAGCUGACUCUGACGGCGACGGUGCCACCAACGGCGAAGAGCUGCGCGAUCCGUGCUGCACGUGGAAUGUCAACAUCACGUCGAAUGCGACGAUUGCGUCUCACCCAGGCUUGGCCGACAAUUUUACGGCUGCCGACUUGACUUCGCUCAAAUGCCAGGAUGGCUCCGUGGCGAAUGUUACGACAACUGCGGCACCCACGACGCCCAAACCAUCGGCGUCUUCGAGUGUUGGACUGGCCCUCGUUGCCAUUGCGGUUGCAGUUGGUUUGCAACAAAACUGAUCCAACGCAGAAUUUCAAUGACUAGAAAUAAUUCUCCUAAUCAAGUUACCCACACAUCAUGUUGGAC